CCCUCCCUCUUUUUCUUCCUCCUCCUCCCCCUCCCGCAGGGCAGAGGCGGCGGGUGCAGCGCGGAUGGGCGGCCGGAGCGAGCUGCGGGCGCGCCUCCCGGCUGCAGGGAGAAGCAGGAGAUGGACUCUGCUUCAGUUUAAAGAAAUAAUGUGGGACCCGUUGGCUUCAGCAGGAGUUUACUGAAAUUUGAGGUUACACGGCGCGGAUCCUUGAGAGCAUCUCUGGGAUGAUGAAGCUUCCAGGAGCAGCGGCCUGGUUUGGAAUCUGAGUGCUUUAAGACUAUCUGGGAAUUUCUACCCACAUUUGCCUAUUCCAGUGUAAAUCAGAGGACAAUGAAUUCAUUUCAUUUUUUGCAUAUUGUCACACUACAUAACAAUUUUUCUUCUUUCCCGUUUUGUUCAAUGGGUAAAACUUGAGCCAAUGGUGCAGCUGAUUCUCACUUUGCUGCGUUCCUCCUCCUGAGCCAAAUUCCUGGAAACCACGUCUGCAGUACAUCUAUUUUUGAAGCUGGUGUUCUUUUUUCUGCAUAUGCCACACGUGGCUUUUGGAGUGCUAACUAUUCUGGGUUGAACCUGCCCUUUUAUGUUGAAGAGAAUUCAUAGAAUCACUCGAGGAAUUCAGUAAUUUCAGUCUUUCAGAAAAUGACUCAUGCUUCAGAAAUGUUUUUGUGGCUGUCCUUGGCUUUGUAAUGCAGGAGUUUAACAGUAUUAAUAUGAGGCAUUGCAUUAAUUGUUGCAUACACUUAUUACCAAAUGACUUGAACAGACAGUGUUUCAGAUGUCGUGGCCAUAGCCACAAUAACCAGAAGUGUCCUGUUUGCAAAGGAGAGAACGGAAUCCCUUUGUACGCUGAUAGCAAGCAGAUGAAGUUGCUUGCAGUUUUGGAAGUAAGGACUGAUCACAGUGAAAGCUGGAAUGGAUUUUUCUGCUUGAAGAAGGGGAAGCUAUGCAGCUUAAUAUUUGGGUUGGUUAUAAUGACUCUAGUGAUGGCAUCCUAUGUACUGACUGGAGCCAAGCAUGGCCUGUUGUUAAUACCAUCUCCCUUCCAUUAUGGAGCUUUUACUAGCAAUCCAAGCUUAAUGGACAAUGAAAGCCUUACUGACAUGAAAGAUCAUUACCAGCCUUCUAAAAUUAAUAUUUCAUAUGUAAAGGAUUAUCCAAGCAUUAAAUUAAUUAUUGACACUAUUACUUCAAAGAUAGAGUUUAUAAUGAGACAGCGCCCUGGUUUAGAGGAGCUGAGGAAACAAGAGCCACAUAUGUUUUCAGUAAUUCCUAAUAAAUUCCUUCCAAAUAGCAAGAAUCCUUGUUGGUAUGAAGAGUACAGAGGAAACACAACCACAGACCCUUAUACAACAAACUCCUAUGCACUCUAUUCAAAGCGUUUUCGAACCAUAUUCGAUUACCUCAGGAAGGUGUUUUGGAACCACUUGUACCAUUACAAGGACAAACACUACCGGCUGCGCUGUCUCCCCCAUUUCUACAUCAUUGGGCAGCCCAAGUGUGGGACGACGGAUCUGUACGACAGGCUUCGGCUGCACCCUGAUGUUCGGUUCUCUGCCAUCAAAGAGCCUCACUGGUGGACGAGGAAGCGCUUUGGAAUCAUUCGUCUCAGGGAUGGAUUUCACGAUCGCUACCCAGUGGAAGAUUACCUUGAUCUGUUUGACUUAGCAGCUCAUCAAAUUCAGGGUGUGCUGCAGAGCGAGGCAGCAAAAGAGCACAGCGAGAUGAAUAACAUCAUAAUUGGGGAAGCCAGUGCCUCCACCAUGUGGGACAACAACGCGUGGAUUUUCUUCUACGACAACAGUAGCGAAGGAGAACCUCCCUUCUUAAUCCAGGAUUUUAUCCAUGCCUUCCAGCCAAAUGCCAAACUUAUCAUCAUGCUGAGAGAUCCUGUUGAAAGAUUGUACUCCGAUUAUCUGUACUUUGCAAGUGCUAAUAAAUCUGUGGAAGAUUUUCAUGAAAAAGUGGCGGAAUCGCUGCAGCUGUUUGAGAAUUGCAUGCUGGAUUACUCCCUGAGAGCCUGUGUCUACAACAACACCCUUAACAAUGCCAUGCCUGUGAGGUUGCAGGUUGGGCUUUAUGUUGUGUAUCUUUUGGACUGGCUGACCGUUUUUGACAAAGAUCAGAUACUCGUUCUUCGCUUAGAGGACCACGCAUCAAAUGUGAAAUACACCAUGCACAAGGUGUUCCAGUUUCUGGAUCUGGGACCUCUGAGUGAGAAACAAGAAGCUCUGAUUACAAAAAGUCCUGCGUCAAACACCAGACGACCUGAAGACAGAAGCCUGGGACCAAUGCUACCAACAACAAAGGGAAUUUUAAGAGAUUUCUACAGGCCUUUUAAUACAAAACUGGCACAAGUUCUUUUUGAUGAUGCUUUUUUAUGGAAGAGGACAUGAUCUGUAAAUUUAGUGCCACAAAUACAGUGCUUAAAGGAGUUUUUAUUUUUUUAAAUUCUAUUUUUGUGCGUGGAUAUUUACAUGUUUUUCCCAUUCCAAAGAGAUGCUGAUUGAGGAGAUGAGACUCCUUCAGUCAGCACGCUUCACGACAGCUAUAUCACAUUUUUCUCGUGAGAAUGUAAAGCAUCUUGCUUAUCAGUUUCUUGCAACUUCUUUUACCCCAGCAGAAGUAUGGAGUGGAAAUGCAUUAGUACAAAGGUGAUGUCUUACACUCUUGGCUGGGAUGCUGAAGUGUAACCUUCUCUAAGAUGCUGCAACACGGAGUUAGCAUCAUUUUCUUACAAUUACACUUAUAAUCUCAUUUUCAAUAUAUGUAAUUCAUUCUUUUUUUUUUUUUUUUUUCAAACUAUCAAUGUCAUUUAGUCAUUAAAUUUUUUUAAUUGAAUUCAGCCAAAAUUUUGUUGUUUCUUGUUCACAGAUGGUCUUCGCUCACACUAGGAUUUCUGUAUCUCCUUCAUUCUGAAAGUAACCUUAAUAGAUAAUCAUAUUUGCAUACACUUCCAAUGCUAAUUUAUAUCUUUAGUAAAUGGGCUUCCCUAACCACAGUUCUUGUGGCUGUCUUAAAAGAAAUUUUCUAUUCGCAUAAGAGUGAAUGAAAUUUAAGUAACUGGCCGUCUUCAAAGUUUAGAGUAACAAUUCCAUUUGACUUUGUACUUUGUUUAUAUUAAUACAAAUAUAUAUCAUCUAUUCAUAUCACACAUUUUCCCAAGGAACAGCUGUUGGGCUUGAUUUUUACAUCCAGUGCUGGCUGUGGUGAGCUUUUGUGUAGGAACCAGAAGAAAACUUCAUAAGUGAUCUGAGCAGAACGCUCAGCACCGUGUGUCCUCAUGGGAAAGUUAUGUUAGCUGCUGAAUCAGUUGCAUGUUGUAUCUUUCCCACUCCUGAAAAGGUGUAUAUUAACAGUUAAAAAGGGGCUGGAGUUAAGACUUGAUGAAAAGCUAUUUUAAAAACGAGAAACUUUGGAUUCAUUCUGAUGUUUGGAAUGGCUAAAAUAAAUAGUUUGGGUAAGUAGUUAUGGAUGACCAGAAUUGUUUCAGAAAUGCUUACAGAUGGAGUUCUUAGAGAACUGAGGGUGGAUUACUUUGUGUUCUCUGGGUUAGAAUCAGCACGGUAUGCUCAGGGAAGCUGAACUCUCAUGGCCAUGUAUUUCUGUUUAGUUGUCAGCUGGACCCAUGAUCUGAUGGACUUGAUGAUCUUCAAGGUCUUUUCCACCCGAUUGAUUCUAUGAUGCUCUGAUAUUACCUCACCAGCCCUAAAAGC